GAGACAGGGAGGCUGAGGAACAGGGAGAGGGGUGAGACAGUCAGUGGAGAGAGAGAGAGACCCUUUUUAAUGUUUGGACUGCAGCGCAGCGCAGCAUCUGGUCUUGGUGAAGUCCUGGCAGCCGCAGUUACAAGUUGCUGGGUUUUACUGCGUGACUAAGAGCCAGCUACUGGCUGGUGUGUGACUGCGGGGGCGUGCGCUGGGGCUGUUCAGUGAGAGUGAGAGGGAGCAGAGGGACACACUCUGUCCUUCAGCGGGAGGGGUCAGGGGUCAGGGGUCAGGGGUCAGGGUCUACGACAGGAGCCGCAGCAGCCGUGUGUCUGUAACCUCUGGGUCGACCUCUUGCUGUCCUUUCGCAUCUGUUUUCCUCCGGAUCACAGUUUAUUCUUUAACGCCCCUCACUGGGAUACGAAGCACUGGAACAUUGUGCAACAUUGAGUCCAGCGAGAGGCCCUUGGGGGCCGGCAGACGGCUGAUGCCCUGUUGCUCCCGGGCUGCGACUGCGCCCCUAGUCUGUGAGCCCCCCGACCUCUCCGAUCAGCUGGGCCCCGUCUCCUUACACUGGACACCAGUCAGCAGGUGCUUUUUGGUUCUGCAAGAGGAAAGGAAAACAAAGCUCUAGAUCCGCUGUCCCUGGCCACCAGGACACCAGAGACCCCCGGGAUCCCUCUCCAGUUGGGGGCGCAGAGAAGAGCAGGCCGGACACGCACCGCGCGCAGGACUCUUUCACGGGACACAACCAGAGUCAGGCUGACAAGAGCAAGAGCGCCCCCCCCUGGCAGCCCUCAGCAAUGGCGCCGUUCAGAGGCACGAUUCCUGCUGGUCCAGCGAGGCUCCGGGCUCUCCUGCUGUUGGCCGGCCUGCUUGCUGCUUCCUCCUCCGCCCCACCUCCCCAGCAGAGCGGGCCCUCCCCAGCACCGCUCCACCCGGGUCCCUCCAGUCCGGACCCCGGCCGGGACCAGCGAGGGCCGCCCUCCUCUCCUGCGAUGGGCCGGACGCAGGCCCUCUCUCUGGGCCUGGCUUCCACAGCCUCGCCCGGGGGUGCCCACACAGCGACACCUGAGCACCCCGGGACAGGAAGUGGUCGCACACGUGCCACAGAGUCGGAAGGGAGGCAGAACGCACUUCCUGCUGCCAGCUUGUCUGCGCGGUCGGUGGACGGGCCUGCCGCCCCGGCAGGGCGGGGUCUGGGCCUGAACCAGCCGGCAACCUCCUCUACCCCUCCAUCCACCCAGUAUUCCUCCCAGGGGGUCCCUCAGAAGCAGACCCGGAAGAGCCCCAGCACCACAGUGCUGGUGAGGCAGGAGGUGGCAGGUGGGAACAGGGAGACUCCAGUGAAAACAGACCAAGAGCCCCAUUCCACACCAACCCACAAUCCCCUCCUUACUGCGGUGUCACCACAGGGAUUCCAGACUUCUGGGCCACAGUGGACCCCAGCCGUCUCUUCCCUCCCCCUCAUCCGAGAACCCCCUCACCUCACUCAUACUUCUGCCCCUGCAGCCCCAACCCUCCCUGCACCCCAGAAUCCCACAGACAGUCACACCGCACCAAGGCAGCCCCUCGUGUCUGCGGUACCUGGGAAGGAGACUCACCCCUCCAACGUGACCCCGAUGGCGUCCAGCACCCCACAACCGGGACGUGGAGACACAACUAUACGUUCAGAGGAGACAGAGCUGACCUCCAGCCAGGGCACCCCAAUGCAGCACAGCCCCUGCACCAAUCACCAUACAGCCUCCCCCCGUGGCCACGCCCCCUCCAGUGACAUCACAAUGGUUACCGCUCUAGGGGUGGGGCUGCCAGCAGGGGGAGGGCUUAUUACACCAGGCAAAGCCACUGAAGAGCCUAUCACGACCGUGGGCGUUAUAACUGAGGGAGCUGAUUGGCUGACUGGGGCAGAGUCCUCCUCUCUAUCUACAGCUGGGCGUGAGGAAGACAGAUGGGGGGUUGAUGGGAGUACUGCUGUUGCCCCAACGAUGCACAGUGAUGGUCUGGCUUACUUCCAACCUCAGGCCCAGACCAGGAGUGUUAAAAAUCCCCCUGGUGUUACCACUGCAACCAAGGAGCCUUCCACCUCUGCUGACCACCUUCUGGGGACAGGCAGCUCGGGGACAUUAGCACAGAGUCAGCCUACUGCCCCCUUCAGCACCACGCAAGUACUGCAACCUCAGACGCCUACACAGCCUUCGGCCAAUCCCGGGCUGUCCUCACGGUCAGGGGACAAGAUGGUGACCCCUGCACCACGGACCCCAGUCUCCACCACCCCCCCAGCGAGGAAAACGAAACCACCCCGUGCCACUGUAGCAGGUGUUACAGAGCUACGGGUCACACCAGGCCUUGAGGACACAGGAAGCAGCGUCUCUGUGACAUCAUCAUCAUCCCUCCCUGCUGUGGGUGGGGCAGAGCCAACCACAGCCAGUCAGCAGCCAAAGACAGCGCCCGGCGCCGGGGGCGCCUCCACACCUGCGCCGAAGGCUGGCCGCGGGUUCGAGCCGGACAAGAUCCUGCUGGAAGGCGCCAUUCCGCCGUCCCCCAGCCUGGCCCCGGAGCCCCCCUGCCCAGCCGGCUCCCCGGGGCCCUGCCUGCCAGGGUCCAACCGGACGGCGCUGCGGUGGGCCGACCUGCGGCGCACCCUGUCCUUCUCCUGGGAGCUGCACGUCUUCGGCUCGGCCGCGCUCUCCCUGCUGCUGGCGCUGGGGGCCGCGGCGGGGCUCCCGGCCGCUCCAGCAGGGGGCGCCGUCAGGCCGGACGCAGGCUUGCCCGCAGCCCCGGGUCCAGGGGGGGCGGACACCAGCAGCCGGAGGGUCCCCCCCUCCCUGUCCUGUCCCGUCUCGUUCACCCUGUCCCGGGCCUCCGCCCAAGCCAGGCCCUGUACCCCCGAGGACGACACCGUGCCCUUCCUCUCUCCGGGGGCAGAGGGGGACCCCGACAGUGAAGCCAGGAGGAGCUUCCUGGAGAUCAGCCGGCAGGCGGACUCAGUCAGCGUUUCCAGUGACACUAUUGACCUCUGA